AGCGUUUCGCCAGGUGUGCGCUGAAGUGAAUGCGACCUCGCUCGGUAGGACUUUCGCCACUCGGCACGAAGACACUUUCCAUGGCGUCCAACGCAGGCCUGGUCUCGGCACUCGGGACGGCACAAAUCCUAACAGGCGUGUUGAACUUGGGCCUCGGGCCGGGUCGGACCAGCACCGCACCUGCAGACUUCACCGCUUUGGGCGCUGCCUACUGGUUGGGUGCUGUGUUCAUGGUGACGGGAAUCUUCUCCAUUUUUUUGGAACAUUUUCCAUCUCCUGGCCCGAAAUGCUUUACUGCCUUGUGGAACCUCGCCGACGCGAUUUUCGCGCUAGCUGCUUUGGUUCUGUACGCCAGCGACGCAGAAAACACAUCCCUGGCACGGAUGUGCCUGCAAGGACGAGGACGGCGUCCCGACGCCGACUGCCGGACGGUGGCUCUUUUAGCUCAGAAGCUGCUGACGUUCACCGACGCCACUUUGAUGGCUCUGGCGGUGCUUCAGCUCUACGCCGACCUGAGUUUGGCCACCUUGGUCUUCAAAGUCAAGAUGAUGACAGCCGGCUCAAAGCCAAGCAACAGUGGGAUGUCAGACAGGAGCGUGGUUACGGUGACAUCGGCGUCCAAGCAGAUGAGCGCGUGGGACUUGCCCCGAAACUGCUGCUCCCGGCCAAUCAGGAGCAGAGUUCUCGGCAUCCUUGGGACAGUUCAGAUCCUGGUCGGCGUGACCAACCUGGGCCUGGGGGCGGGCAGAACGCGGACACGCCCCGGAGAUUUCGCCAGUUUGGGAGCCGCUUACUGGAUCGGCGCCACGUUUAUCACAGCGGGAGUUUUAUCGGUUUUGUCCGGACAAUGUCCUUCAUGCUGUUUUGCUAGCUUGACCGUGACGAUCAACGUGUUGUGCGCCAUCAUGUCCGUGGUGGCCGUGGUUUUGUACGCGUUGGACCUGGCGGCGCUAUCGGUCAGUUUCUUCUGCGGAGUCGGCGACUGGUACCGCGACGACGGAUGCCGAGAAGUGGCUUCGUAUGCUGUGAAACUGACUCGAGGGAUGGACGUUACGCUGCUUGUUUUGGCCGUUUUGGUUCUUUGUGUCAGCAUCAGCGCGAGCGUACUGGCCGUCGCGCCGUCGCGGGUACCGAAACAACUGGAAGACGACGAGGAAGAGUUCCUGCAAGCGGGAAUGAAGGUGCUGAACCAGGAGCGUCCAUCUUUAAGCAAUGCCUCCAAACAUGAUGUCAAAAGAAAUGCAAACUCAUAAUUCAUCAAGAGAACACAACACAAUACUUUCUGGUUUCAUAACAUUUAAAAACAACAGGGGAAAAAAAGUUGUAUUUAGCAUCAAUAGGAAUGAGUUUAUCACUGGUAGACGUCGAGUCCAUUUCAACUGGGAGUGUGGCAUCCAAUAAACAUUCUUCCAUCCCUCCCACUUCAAGCGGAUCGGACAUCUAUGACAUCACACGGAGGCCACUCGGUGGGCGGAGGGGGUCCACCCCAAAAAUCAGAUUUGAGGAGGAAUCCGAUACGCUUGCAGUCAAUAUCCAUCAUAUGUAUAAAUGAAUAAAUCAAAACUCACACAAGCGUUGUGACGAUUUAUUUGCAUAACAAAUUUAUAGAAAAAAAUAUAAAUUUCUUAUUUCUUUAGUGCAAAAAUGUGUCAUUCAUCGACUAUAUAAAAUUGCUCAUUUUUAACCCCUUGAUAGCUGAAUUUACAUAUUCAAAAAUAUUAAGAAAAUUAAAUUAAAAAUAUAAAGCUAAAAAUGAGAAAAUCCUAUGACAAACAUAAGAGCAAGAAAAAGUUUUUCUUGAAUUUAUAUAUGUGAGGAAAAAAGGUUCUAUUUUCUAUAUUUUCUCCUGAUUAUCAGUUUUUAAUUAAUAUAUAAAAUAAUAUGUUCAAAUUUCA